AUUAUAGUUAUCAGUUGCAAGUUGCAAGUUGCAUUGGACGUGUACUAAAAUGAAAGUAAUAGUGUUAGGGGCUGGCAUUAAUGGGAAUACUUGCGCGUUAAAAAUUAAAGAGAGGUAUCCAGAUUUAGAUGUAACGAUAUUAGGAGCACAAUUCUCGCCAAAUACAACGGGCGAUGGAUCCGGCGGUCUGUGGUACCCCUACCUCUGUGGAAACACUCCGACACAUUUAAUAAGCAAAUGGGGUAUGGAAACAUAUGAGUUAUUCCAAAAAUUGUGGUCAGAAGGUGGCUACGGUAUCACGUUGCAACCCGUCUUCAUAUUUUAUAGAAGCACACCGACUGAUGAACCGGAAUGGACGAAAAAAGUAUAUGGAUACAGGAAACUUAAUAAACAACAAAUAGACUAUUAUAACCAAUUGUAUUCUUCUAAAUUCGUAUCUGGCAACACAUUCACAACCUUUGUUGUCAAUCCUUCAACGUUUUUAUUUCGACUAGAGCAACGCUUGAGAGAUUUAAAUGUUACGAUGAUUCAAGGAAGCGUGAAUUCAUUAAAGGACCCAAGAUUAGAUAAAUACGAUGUUAUGAUAAAUUGUACUGGUUUAGGGGCGAGGGAAAUAGUCCCCGAUGAUAGGGUUAUCCCCGUAAGAGGUCAAAUUGUUAAGGUUGAAGCACCAUGGAACUUUCAAACGAUAAUGGACAAAGAUUCGGGACAUUACAUCAUACCGAAUGAUUCAUUUUGCGUGUUGGGCGGAACCGGACAAAAGGGUAAUUUUAAUACAAAUGUUAAUCAAGACGACACAGAUUUCAUUUUAGGAGGUUGCCAAACUGUGUUGCCAUGUCUACAGAAUGCGAAUAUAUUAAAAUACUUUGUGGGCUUGCGACCGGGCAGAGACGAAAUUCGAUUAGAGGCUGAAGAAAUUAACGGAAAGCUGUACAUUCAUAAUUAUGGUCAUGGUGGCAGCGGAUUUACUCUGUUCUGGGGUUGUGGUAAUGAUGUUUUACAAUUAUUCGAGACCCAUUCAAAAGUUAUGAUGAAUAAAAGCAAACUUUAAAUAACAUGAGACUGAAUUUUAUAUUUAAUUAAUUUUUUAUAAUAAAAUAAUGUAAUAAAUAGUAAAAGUUGA